UAUAUCCGGUUGUAUUACUUUGUCCAACUUCAGCGGUUCAGCUCGAUAUAUAAUUGAAAAGUCUGUGCGUGUAGCAGUGGUGACCUCAUUUAAGGGUACCCUUCUCACCAAGCCGCCCAUGUAACCUGACAGAAGCCCCCUCCCCCCGCACCCCCUUGCCCUGCUCCGACACACCUGCAGAGGAAGCCGGCUCCACGCUGCUCCCGUCACAUGCUCCCGUCUCCACUAAUGAGCUAUGAAUCGAGAUGCGAAGGGUGAAUGCUUUGGAGGCCGGCCGGAGAAUGCCGUCCCAGUGGGUACGAGCAAGCAGCUCUGAGAGGAAGGUGCCCCACACGCGUGUGGAGGAUGAGGCUGCCAUCCAGCAGUUGUACUCAUUUGGGAGAAAGCUGGGAAAGGGCAGCUUCGGGGUCGUCUAUGAAGCCACCCACAUGCAGACCCAGAAGAAGUGGGCCAUUAAGAAGGUCAACAGGGAGAAGGCUGGAAGCUCUGGUGUGAUGCUGCUGGAGAGGGAGGUCAGCAUACUGAAACGUGUCUACCACACUCAUGUCAUACACCUGGAGGAAGUGUUAGAAACACCAAAGAGGACGUACCUGGUGACCGAGCUCUGCGAAGGGGGAGAACUUAAGGAGCUUCUGCAGAAGAAGCAGCGCUUCACCGAGGAGGAGAGCCGGCAUGUCAUCAGCAGCCUGGCAGAGGCCAUCGUCUACCUGCACAAAAUGGAUAUCGUCCACCGGGACCUAAAACUGGAGAACAUUUUAGUCAAGAGUUACCACAGUAGUGAUGGAAAUGAGAUGUUCAAUAUCAAGGUGACGGACUUUGGGCUCUCGGUGCAGAAGGGUGGGGUGGGCAGUGAGAACAUGCUUCAGGCCACCUGUGGGACUCCGGUCUACAUGGCACCAGAGGUGAUCAGCGCUCACGACUACAGCCAGCAGUGUGAUGUGUGGAGCAUCGGGGUCAUCAUGUACAUGCUGCUGUGUGGGGAGCCUCCCUUCAUGUCCAGCUCUGAGGACAAGCUGUUUGAAAUCAUCACCAAGGGAGAACUUCUCUUCACUGGCCCCAUCUGGGACACUAUCAGUCAUGGAGCCAAGAAGGUUCUGUGUUGUUUGCUGAAAGUGGAUCCUGCUCACCGCAUUACAGCCAGUGAGCUGCUGAAUAACCCCUGGAUCACUGGUGACACCUCCACCCCCGAAGUGAUGCCCACCAACGUGCUGGAGAUGAUGCGUCAGUUUCGUGAUGAGCCCGAGGAGCCUGCGGUGUGGGACGGCCUCCAUGGGCUGUCGCUCAGCAGCCCUGCCCGAGAGCCCCGUCGGCAGGCAGGGGGCGGCUGCAUGGGCAGCGGGGGGCUCAGUGGCAGCCAGGCCUGCCCCCCCCCCAGAGAGGUGCUUGGGCCAGAUGGAGAUUCGCACACCAUAGCUGCUGAACAGCGACAGAGGAUGAAGACCAUCAUCUCCUCGGCCAAUGGUGCUACCAAAAGGGCUGGAGCAGAGGGAAGGGCCUGCAGCUCUAUCUAUGGAGCCAGCAAAGCCUCCGGCCGAAUGAACAGCAGAUGCGGUGGCCCCCAGGAGAGGAACGGGGGCCGAGUCGCUGCUGUGGGGCCCUCCGCCAAGCAGGCACCUUGCCCAGGGAGGGCUCCCCUCUUGCCCUGCGGGACUGGGAACAAGUGCCUCAGGCUGUCCGCCAGCACUGCGACUAAAAAGGCAACGUAGGUUUUAGGAAGAAAUCCCCCCGCCACCUCAAGUGCCAAAGGAAAGGGACACCACUGGAGAUAAAGUCCAUGGUGUAGCUGUGAAGUCUCAUAGAGCACAAAUUGCAGUCAGUUUCGCUCUACUUUCCCUGUAUAGAACCAAAUGUGUUCAUGUCUUGUUCUUCAGAAUUUAGUUCUUUUCUGUGCAAGAGUCUUACCCAACUUCCACUUUUGAAUGAAAUUGAAUACAUGCAAUUUCUUUCCUCAUCCACAUAACAGAUUCUGGUUCAAGAUAGUUAUCUACAGGGCUACAAAUGCAGACUGAAUUCCCAUGGUGACCUUAAAAGGGAGAGCCUUGUCUUUUAAAAUGUGACGAGUGGUAACUAGACCGCGUAGUGUUACAAAUUCCAGUGUACAUCACAUGGUACAGUUGGCAUUGUUUGCCGUGCCUUUGCUGGCCUCUCCCUAGUUGUCUGGGUUGACAGUAUUUAUGUGCUCUGAAAAAAGGAUAAAAGAUACAGGCUAUAUUUUAUGAGUAGACUACAUAUUUUAAUUAAAGUAUCCAUUACUUCAGACUUAGUAAAUUCAUAUUACAAAUGAAAAGCUUGCUGCAGAAGCUGGUGAGUUAGAUGAGACAAAAAUCACUGAAUAAAAUUUUAUCUCAAUGUCAUUUUUCCAGACCAAAUUUAGCAAAAACACUUAGCACUUUAAUUUCUUUAAUGUUGGGGUCAAUCUUGCAGUUUCCAGAUGGCUGCCCAGGCCUUUGUUUUGUAUUAUAAAAUAUUCUUGAUCUGA